UCAACUUUAGACUGCUGACUGUGUCAGUUUAGGUUUAGCUUUAGCUUCAGUUUUGCAACUGUGACACUUGUUAACCAGACAGCGCCAUGCACUGGCCACCGUUCCUUGGUUUUUGCCUCAUUGUCUGUGCCUGUGUCUGUCCUGCUGCCCCUCAGGUGAUGCGUCGUCGCCAGGUUAUUACACCCACCUGGCUAAUGGGACCUAGAUUGCCCAACUCCAAGGCAGCCCCCAAGGUGCAGGUCACCCAGCAGAACCUAAGGGAAGUGGCCGCCUGGCGAGCCACCAUCCAAAAGGCUGUCGAUGAGGGCACCUAUGUGGUAGCAGCGCCUCCACCGCAGGAGGUCAUAGCCAACCUUGGGGGCAGUUUUCCACCGCCCUUGCCACAGUUUUGGACACCUUUACCUAUGCCAGCCUAUAAUUUUACCAACCCUUGGCCCAGAUUUGGCUAAUCCAUCAUGUUUCUAACUAUGAUAAGUUUGUUUCUUCAUUUUUAACUUAAUAAACUCUGGCAUCAACGAUCGAAGAGGUGAGGGAAACGCAGUAGCUUCGAGCCACGCCUCUUGAGGAACUGAAAGAAUGCAGAGAGAAAUUAGAGAAAAGACUCGACGAAUUAUAUAGCAUUUCAUGGGGUUUUAUUGUUUCCAAAAAAUCGACAAAUCAAAUCGGGAGUAAUAAUGGGUGGUAGAGUGACUACGCUUGAAACAGUUUAUAAUUUACCAAAUGUUACAUAUCGUUCUUUUGUCUUUUUUUUGUGUGUUGUGACGUCGCGAUUUGUCUGUCUUUUUUUGUGUUUUCUGUACAAAACGUCUUUCUUUUAAAACAUCUAAACUCUACCGAACGAAACGAACAAAUACAAAAAAAAAUUCUCUAAAAUAUAUAGUAUAUAUAUAGUUAA